GAGAGAGAGAGAGGACACUUCUUGACCAAGAAAUGGACUGGCCUUUGAACUUCACCGGCUCCUUUCUCACUCUCCCCUCCCCCUUCCCGACUAAUGGGAGCAGUGGCCCUGAGAAUCUUAGCCCCAGUCAGUCCCCACUCUCGAUCUUUGGCGUGCUAGUCCUCACCCUGCUGGGUUUACUGGUGGUGGCGACCUUCACGUGGAACUUGUUGGUCCUGGCCACCAUCCUCCGCGUGCGCACCUUCCAUCGGGUACCCCACAACCUGGUAGCCUCCAUGGCCAUCUCUGACGUACUGGUGGCAGCCCUGGUCAUGCCCCUUAGUUUGGUGCACGAGCUGUCCGGACGCCGCUGGAAGCUGGGUAGGCGGCUGUGUCAGCUGUGGAUCUCCUGCGACGUGUUGUGCUGCACUGCGAGCAUCUGGAACGUGACAGCCAUCGCCCUGGACCGAUACUGGUCUAUAACCCGUCACCUAGACUACACUCUUCGGAUUCGCAAGCGCAUCUCCAAUGUCAUGAUCACCUUGACCUGGGUGCUCUCCGCAGUCAUCUCGCUGGCCCCUCUGCUCUUCAGCUGGGGGGAAACCUACUCCGCGGACAACGAAGAGUGUCAGGUGAGCCGGGAACCAUCCUAUACCGUCUUCUCCACUGUAGGCGCCUUCUAUCUUCCCCUCUGCGUGGUGCUCUUUGUUUAUUGGAAGAUCUACAAAGCUGCCAAGUUCCGCAUAGGCUCCAAGAAGACCAACAGCGUCACACCCGUGCCCGAAGCCGUGGAGGUAAAAGAGGCCCUCCCUCAGCCCCAGAUGGUAUUCACUGCUCGUCAUGCCAUGGUGACCUUCCAGACUGAUGGGGACACGUGGAGGGAAAAGAAAGAGAAGAAGGCAGCUCUCAUGGUGGGCAUCCUUAUUGGGGUGUUUGUGCUUUGCUGGAUCCCGUUCUUCAUCACUGAGCUCAUCAGUCCCCUCAGUUCCUGCGACAUCCCUCCCAUCUGGAAGAGCAUUUUCUUGUGGCUCGGCUAUUCCAAUUCCUUUUUUAAUCCUCUAAUUUACACAGCUUUCAAUAAGAACUAUAAUAGUGCCUUCAAGACCUUUUUUUCUAGGCAACACUGAGAAAAAGAUGGACAAGUGAGAAGAGAAACUGGGGGAGCUUCUGCUACUUCUCCUACUCUACCUUUUAGUCGCACCGAGGACUGCUCAUUAAAGAUCAAGAUCGUGCUGGGUUUCCAACAAAUUCCAGAGGUCUUUGCCUCAUGAAGCUCUGACCUGUUGCAACUCUUCAAUGACUGUGGAAACUCAAGGGGAAAAAAACCCAACCCUUUCCUACAUGCAAGGGGAAGUGGGGCAUGGACUUAAUUUCCAUGAAGUGCCCUUUCCUUCCCAAGAUCCAUCCCAGAAUGAGAAUGAGUGAGCAAGUGACAAUGGCUAACAGAGAUAACUGCAGUCAGGACACUAAUUGGCAUGUGUCCAUUUGCAAGGUUUUUCUUUAGCUACUUCCCUAAGGGAGGGGUGAAGCCCAGAAAAGUACAGCUUAAAAUCAGAGGUGGCACCUCAAAGCAAUCAGCCCAGGUGGAAGCCACUAAAUAUACCCAGGCAUUUCUGAGCCUUUUAAGGGCCUAUCACUGGGAGACUGUAUGUUCUGUUCUGUAUAUUUUAAAAAAACAAAACAAGAUUCGCCUGACUUUUCACAGAAAUAGAAACCAGCAGAAUCAAAAGCCGCCUUUCAUUUUGAAGGAAAUGACAUUCUUCAGGAUUUUUUGUUGUUUUUCGGUUGCGAAGGAAA